GCCCCUAUCUUCAGCUCUGCUCUCCGCCCCACCUCCCUCCUCUCCCCACAAAGCCGCAGCUUGUGACUCUGCAGAGGAGCUACUUCCCCAGCUCUACUCUUCCCCAAGCGCCCACUCCAAGCGAAGCUCCACAGCCAAGUAUAUCGGUGCCUGGGGGGAGGGGAGCCAGGGCUCCUGAGGCACCCAGAGCGAUAAUGGGGAGCAGGACCCGCUUCUCCCCCACUCCUCCUGUUCCCUUCUGCCACCUCCUUUGCAUAAUGGGUGUGCAGGCACCUGAGGGGCUCGGCUGGGGCUAGUGCUGCCUGGGCCUGGGGCAUAAGGCACCGGGAGUUGCUGCAGCGUCCUCUUGGCAGUGGGUGAGCUUGGAUGGAGCAGCCCUGCCUCGGGCGUGGAGCAGAUAGGACCGAAGGGGUGUUCUCCUCCCCCCGUUUACAGCCUGCUUGUGUCUUGCUUCCCAUCUAGGAAGAUGCUGGCACUCCUGGCAGCCCUGCUUCUCCUGCACAGUGCGCCGUCCAGCUGGGCGAGUUGCUGGGGGUCUCCAAAUUCAAACUCCUGCGUGGUCCUGGACUGGUCGGAAUUCAGUAGCGAUACUCAGAGAGCCCUGAACCUCAGCAACCAUGGCAUCAGGGAAAUCACUGGAUCUGCCUGGCUGCGGGAGUCAGUCAACACGCUGGAUCUGUCCUUUAACUGCCUGCAGAGCCUUCCCCUGGAUUUCCUCUCCCAGGCACGUGCUCUCAAGGAGCUUUACCUGCAGCACAACCAGCUGCGGGGACUGCCCUCCGAGUUCUUCAAGAAUGCCACCAGCCUGGAGACCUUGGUCGUGGACUGCAAGUGUGAUGUCGUGGGGAGCGUGGUCAGCCACUGCAAUAGCCCCACCAACAGCACAGACCGCACCUGCCACUGCCACUCAGAGCAGGAGAAAACCGAGUUCUACAACGUCACCGAGUUCUACACACGGCACUGCCAGCCUCUUUGCACGCCGCUCUGCGUGGCCAUCACAAGCUCUGUGCUGGCCGUGCUGCUGCUGGCGGGGGGCCUGGCUGUGGCCUUGUUCCUGCUCAGGAGGAGACGGGCCUCUGUCGUCCACAGAAAACGGGAAUCCACCGCAUCCAUCACCCACGGCCAGCAGCGCUACAUCAGCCGCAACGCAGAGACGGGCCCCGGCCAGGCCAGCGACUAUGAAAACGUCUUCAUUGGCCACUCCCAGCCAGUCGGGCAAUACGAGUGUCUGGAGAGAAAGGGACCGCAGUACAGAGUCCAGCAGCUGGUGGAUGAGGAGUGUUACAUGAAGAGCGACACCUGCCACGGAGACCAGCCCAUUUACGCCAACACCCAGCAGCUGUACAGCAGCAGCUUCCCCGCGCUCAGUGACAGCGAGGAGGUGUACAUCGUCCCGGACAAAUGAGCCCUCUGCUCGCCUGGAGGCACCCCAGCCCCGGCUGUCUCUGGGGAGCAGGCUCGGGCGCCACAGUCCCGUUCAGCAGCUGUGACCAUGUGUCACGCCCAGGGGAGGGGACUGCUGGGGAUCCCAAUUAAAGCAAAAUCAUCUGGCAAUUGCUUCCCCCCACACCCCGGGUAUUACCCUGCAGCCAUGACCCAGUCCAGCCCCACUGGAAUGCAGACAGCUCAGGUUUCCCCUGGGGGGCUGGAAUUUCCCCUCCCUCAUACAGAGGGAGAGCUCCCCACAGGGCUGGGGAGGGGAUCCUACCCUGCAUCAGUCUGCAAAUUCCUCCAGAAAUAGCUCCCGCUUCUCCCGCCAAAGUGCCUGGUUCUGUGCCAGGCUGGCUGAGCCGCUGCUGGGACCCAAACACCAGCAAUUUGGCCUCCAUGCGGUUUCCUCUGCACCUGGGAACUGUGGGGCAGGGGGAGUGUCACAGAGUCCCUGGGUGAUGCUCUGGAACUGCUCCCCCCAAAGCCAGGCAGG